AGCCUGCCCUCUGGAACACGCUCCCACAAUCCCGAGCUGCCAUAAAUAACCGACAGGAUGGGAGGCAAAAUUGAUGUGUAUCUGGAUUGCGUGUCACCUUAUUCAUACUAUGCACUCCUUCAUCUUUUGAGGAACAGGGAGGUAUUGGCCUCUCAUGGGGUUGAGCUUGAAUUUCACCCGGUAUUUCUUGGGGGCAUAAAUGUAGGGAGUGGAAACAAGCCUCCAUGGACUCUGCCAGCCAAGGCUAAAUAUGGCAAAUUUGACCAUGAGCGAGCCAGGGAUUAUUUCGGUUGUCCUGAUAUCCAGACACCUUCGUUUUUCCCCAUUGUCUCGUUGCUCCCUCAGAGGGCCAUGACCUAUAUAAAGUUCUCCACCUCCAUACCUCAAGAAAAGUACAUUGCCAGCUUCCGCGAGUUAUGGAUUGCACUUUGGGAGCAGCAAAUGGAUCUCAGCAAACCACAAUGCUUAGUGGAAACACUGCGACGUCAAUUCUCCGCUGAGGAGGUUGAAAAGAUUAUGGAAGCUACCAAAACCCAAGAAAUCAAACAGAAGCUCAUCGACACAACGCAGCAGGCACUCGACCGAGGAGCGUUUGGAUGUCCAUGGUUUUGGGUCCGAAAUGAAAAGAACGAAGAGGAGCCUUUCUUUGGAAGUGAUCGUUUUCAUUUCAUGUGGCGAUUUCUAGAUCUACCUUGGAGGGACAUCGAGAUCGUAGCGAAGAGCAAGGGAAAGGCAAAGAUCUGAGACGCGGCCGAAAACAUGGAUCCACUGUGGCGACCAGCAUACCGGAGACUUUCCGUCAGGUUUCUGUCUCCUGACCCUUAGCGUUUGACAGAAAACGUCGAGGGGCUCUUCAGGCAGUACACGAAACCUUGUCUCGGGAGCUCGGGAAAGAUCCGACACACGGAAGCUAUAUUGCCUGGAAUCGGGAGUUCUUGGGAAAUCCAUGGAUCUGAGUUGUGUCAGGCCGAAACUCUGUAGUAUGGCAGAUAUUGCUCUCGGUAAAGGACUGGCAAUUGGAGCCAGGGUAUCGCAGACAGCAGACUACUGACUUUAACCGCGUUGGCCCUAGCCUGCAUGCCACUGUGGCCGUUGAAGUUAUUCGCACUACGCUGCAGCUGUAAAGUAUGGUAGCCUAACGGGCCAGCCCGGCGCAGGCACCGCCAGACUUAUCAGUGCAAGAGCAAUGAUGCAAGCCACCAGCACCCCCUUGAACAUAUAUCGCGAC